UGCCAGGCAAAACAAGUGUGAAACACACACCUGCUCCCCUCAGAGACACGUCCACCACCUGGAAGUCAUGAAGCUGGCCGUGCUGCUCUGCUCUGCUCUGCUGCUCUCGGCCUCAGUCCUGUCCCAGGAGGAUGACACUCCAGUCAACAAUGUGACCGGGACACAAACAGCCCAGGCUGAACCCACAAAGCCUGACUGUAACAAGUACACCGCCUCCUGCAGCCGGGAGUUUGAUCCAGUGUGUGGCAGUGAUGGAGUCACAUACAGCACCGAGUGUAUGUUGUGCUACAAGAACAGAGAAAAGGAGAAGAAUGUGACAGUGGCAAGCAAAGGGACGUGCCCUUUGACAGAUCUGUGAAAUUGGCAUAUCAUAUACCAUAUCCAUUCCCUGUAUCUGUAUAAUCCAUAUAUUCCUUGCCUUUUGAAUAAAGUUGCAUGCUGCAA